GUAUUGGUCGGCGUGUCACUGGUGAAUCUGGCCGUCGCCUAUCUUCAAUCCGAGAGCUUCCACAGCGAAACAGAACAACACACUUCUGAGGCUCCUGGUCACUCAUAUUUAGCGCGUUCUCUUCUCUUAUUCAUGCAUGACACAGUAAAGAGAAGAUUUUGAAAGCAAGCGUUAACUGAAGGCCACUUAAUACUUUCUCCGAGAAAGUAUUAUACGGGUAUUCUAUUGGCCACACUUGCUGUAUUCCAAUGAGGGAAGGCACGAUGAAAGUGUUUUUGGCGCUAUUAUUCUCACUUCUUAAAAUUUCGAACGUGCUGUCUCAGUGCUCGUCAUCCUGUAGCACGUGUAACACAGUUUGUCUAGGAAAGAAGGGAGACAAGGGUGCUUCUGGAUUCCAAGGUCUUCGUGGUCCUGCAGGUCUCCCCGGCUACCCUGGUCCAGAAGGCCCAGUUGGACCUGGUGGAGAGAAGGGUGACAGAGGAUAUCGUGGACAAAAUGGCGCUAAAGGAAUAAGGGGACCAAUUGGAUCUCCUGGACUUCCAGGUACAUCAGGAAUUCCGGGUUUACCUGGCCGAGAAGGUCGCAUUGGAGAGCCUGGUAUCCCAGGAUGCAACGGAACGAAGGGUGACCUCGGUCUCAGAGGAAAAGACGGACGUCCAGGCAGCGCAGGGCCAAGGGGUCUUCAAGGGCCAGGUGGUCUCAAGGGAGAACCUGGAGAAAGUGGGGCAACACAAGAAGGAGCAAAGGGAGACAAAGGAGAAAGGGGGCCUCAAGGAUCAAAGGGUUUAUCUGGUCAUCCUGGAUUCUACGGAGCCAAAGGAACAAAAGGCGUCAAAGGUGACAAGGGUAAUCAAGGAAGAACUGGUCCAAAAGGAGAAAAGGGUCUUGACAAAAUAAAGCUUACGGGACCCCCAGGAGACAGGGGAGUUAAAGGAGAGCAAGGUCCCCCAGGACGUGAUUGCGACUUUGUAACAAGACCAAGCACAAGUAAUGGCACAACUGUCAAUGUUUUGCAGGGCCCUAAAGGAAAAACAGGACCACAAGGUGAUCAAGGCGAACCUGGACCAAAAGGAGAACCUGGAACUGGAGGAAGGACUGGACCCCCAGGUGAUCGUGGUCUAAAAGGUGAUCGUGGAAUUAAAGGCGAUGAAGGUCCCGAGGGUCCAAUUGGCGAACCAGGCGACAGAGGUUUGAAAGGAAACAAGGGUGAUCGAGGAUCCCAAGGUGCAAUUGGUCAACAAGGAAGACCCGGAAGUGACGGACAAGACGGUGAUACGGGCCUAAGAGGUCCCGCAGGAGCGAAGGGAGAUCGAGGACUAUCAAUAAAGGGAGACCAAGGACCUGCCGGUGAUCGUGGUGAGAAAGGCGACAAAGGUGAUCUUGGUCUCAAAGGAGAGACUGGUCCAAGAGGCGAUACUGGAUCUGCGGGACGUGACGGAGCUGCUGGACCUAAAGGUGAAAAAGGUGAAGUAGGCCCACUGGGACCACAAGGACUGCGGGGAAUGAAUGGUGAACCUGGAAUGGAGGGAAGCAAAGGACUCCUUGGAAGAGAUGGAAGACAGGGCCCAAAAGGAUCCAAAGGAAGGACUGGUCUUUCAAUUUUUGGAAAAGAUGGAAUGGAUGGAGAGCCGGGUCCUCCAGGUCCUUCAGGAGAUAAGGGUGUCCGUGGAUACCCCGGGCUGCAAGGACCCCCUGGAGUUGUUGUCUCAGAAAACGGUGAGACCGGUCCUCAAGGUGACUCAGGACCGCCGGGGCCAAAAGGAAUCAAAGGUAUCCAAGGGCCAUCAGGAUUGAGAGGACCGAGAGGACUCAAGGGUGACAAGUGUACCGCCUGCCCACCUGCGCCAAAGGGAGAGAAAGGGACUACAGGUUUCCGUGGAUUGGAUGGAGGGGCAGGUGAGCCAGGUCUGUCAGGAGCAAAGGGGGAUAAGGAGAGCAGGGAAAUGACGGUGCUAAAGGUGCUACAGGUCUGCGUGGUAUCAAGGUUAGGAGAAAGCGGACCCCGUGGACCCUCGGGAGUGAAAGGUAGCAAAGGUGAAAAGGGAGAAAGCCUAAGCAUUAAAGGUGAUAGGGGUCAGAAAGGUUUACCCGGACCUAAUGGAUCACCAGGUGCGCUUGGAUUUCAAGGACCAGCAGGACCUCGUGGACAACCAGGUGCUCGAGGUGACCCUGGUGCCAACGGACUACCAGGUGGACGCGGACCUAAAGGAGACCAGGGACCCUCAGGUGAAGAUGGUUUGACUGGAGACAAGGGGGAGAAAGGAAGUCCCGGGAGGGGAAUUGAUGGAAGAAAGGGUGAUAAAGGAACUAAGGGUGAAGUUGGGGCAGCUGGACAAACGGGCCCAGAGGGACCAACCGGACCGAAAGGUUUUUCUUUUUUUUCACAGGGAGAAAGCGGACCCCGUGGACCCUCGGGAGUGAAAGGUAGCAAAGGUGAAAAGGGAGAAAGCCUAAGCAUUAAAGGUGAUAGGGGUCAGAAAGGUUUACCCGGACCUAAUGGAUCACCAGGUGCGCUUGGAUUUCAAGGACCAGCAGGACCUCGUGGACAACCAGGUGCUCGAGGUGACCCUGGUGCCAACGGACUACCAGGUGGACGCGGACCUAAAGGAGACCAGGGACCCUCAGGUGAAGAUGGUUUGACUGGAGACAAGGGGGAGAAAGGAAGUCCCGGGAGGGGAAUUGAUGGAAGAAAGGGUGAUAAAGGAACUAAGGGUGAAGUUGGGGCAGCUGGACAAACGGGCCCAGAGGGACCAACAGGACCAAAAGGUGAAUCUUGGGCGGCACGGCUAAGUGAUAUCGGUUAUCUGGAGGAAGGUUUACGUGGAGACAAAGGAGACAGAGGAGCAGCUGGGCAAAGGGGAGAGCCUGGCUCUGAAGGCCCAAAGGGAGAACGGGGCUUCAAGGGAGACAAAGGAGGAAAGGGUGCUCCUGGAACCACAAUGAAAGACUUCGUUUCUAGAGGGGACCCAGGUGCGACAGGAGAGAAGGGUGAUGCUGGAAAAUCUGGUCAGAAAGGAGACCUGGGACCUGCUGGUAUAAUAGGAGCUGUCGGACCAAAGGGUGACCAAGGUCCAUCUGGUGAAAGUGCUGGAAAAGGUGACAAGGGUGAGAAAGGAGCCCUCGGUCAACUUGGCCCUAUAGGUGCUAAUGGACCCCUUGGACAAAAAGGAGACAGAGCCGAGAAAGGAGAACCAGGACCUCCCGGUGCUAUUGGACAAAAAGGUGACCGUGGUGAGCCAGGGGUUGGAUUACCUGGAAAACUGGGACAAACCGGACUGAAAGGUAAGGACGGACCAAAAGGAGAAAAAGGUGAAGCCGGACCUGCUGGCUUAAUUGGCUCCAAGGGUAGCAAAGGUGCUGAAGGACAGGCUCUUCGAGGAGAAAGAGGGCCAGAAGGACCCCCUGGUCCUGCAGGUCCUGCAGGGUUAGCCGGAUUCAAAGGCAGCAAGGGAGUGCCUGGCGCAGUUGGUCUUCAGGGACCUUCUGGUGAUGAUGGAGAUCAAGGUCCUCUUGGACCAAGGGGUGACAAAGGAGACCGAGGUGCACUUGGUCUGAAGGGAGAACAGGGUCCAGCUGGCAUUGGAGGCAAAGGUGACAAAGGACAGAAGGGAGACCCGGGAAUCCGUGGACAGCAGGGAGCAACAAGUGACGUUGUAGGUCCAAAGGGAACUCGUGGUUUGCCUGGUGCAGAUGGUCCGCAGGGAGUCAGAGGUGUAAAAGGUGAACGUGGACCAACAUGUGAGAAAGGUGAAUCUGGCAAAGAUGGACAAAAGGGAGAAACUGGAUUGACAGGGCCAGUGGGUAGACCUGGUCCAAGCGGUAUAAAGGGUGACAAGGGAUUCAUUGGUCCACGUGGUGUACAAGGUCUUCAGGGAGAUAACGGUCCUAAAGGAGAGAAAGGUGCGGAAGGAACAAAAGGUGAUAUUGGACCAGCGGGACUUCCAGGCAUCAGAGGUUUACCAGGAAGCGAAGGACAAAAAGGUGACCCAGGAUUUGCUGGAGCACCCGGAGAGAAAGGAGACAAGGGAGACCAAGGUAAUCCUGGUCCGAACGGAGCUAAAGGGAACCAAGGGAAGGAGCAAAAGGGAGAAAGAGGGGAGAAAGGUGAAAAAGGUAUUCCAGGAUUGAAAGGAACCCCAGGAAAGGACUAUGCGCUGACAGAAGCAGAGUUGAUAAAACUUGGUUUAUUGGAAAUGAAAGGAGAGAAAGGAAGAAUAGGCCCCAUGGGUGCUAAGGGUGACAGAGGAGACACAGGCGAGAAGGGCAGCAAGGGUGAUGUUGGUAUCCAAGGUCCCGUUGGUCCUGCGGGUGACGCAGGGCGCGUAGGUGUACGAGGAGAAAAAGGUGACAUUGGUCCUGAAGGAGGCGAGGGUCCAGUUGGCUCACCGGGACUGCCAGGGCCUCCUGGAAAGGAUGGUGAACCGGGUCCAAAUGGAAGAGCAGGUGUUGCAGGAAACAAAGGAGAAGUUGGGCCACCUGGUAAAGAUGGCUCAAAGGGUACCAAAGGAGAAACUGGACCAAGAGGUGAAGUUGGACCUCCAUGCACUGGCACUAGCGGAUCUCGUGGGCUUAGAGGCGAAAAGGGUAAUUCAGGGCCAUCAGGACUCCAAGGUUUACAAGGAAAGAAAGGAGAACCGGCUGCAGGUCUUAGAGGUGAUCCAGGUCCACAAGGACCUAAAGGUGAACGGGGAGAUAGUGGACCCAGAGGGCCGGCUGGUAUCUCUGGUGACAUGGGAUUGGUAGGACCAGCUGGAGAUAAAGGAAACCAGGGACAGAGAGGAGAGCCUGGACGUGAAGGUCAAAAAGGGCAGAAAGGAGCACCAGCUUCAAUUACAGGACCUACAGGACCUAAGGGAGAGAAGGGUCUGCCUGGUCUAAGAGGAUUUGAAGGGAACAUAGGACCAGCUGGAGAAAGAGGAUUCCAAGGACCACCCGGACCACAAGGGCCUAAAGGUGAACGUGGCAAUGUAGGCAUCAAUGGAAUUAAAGGUGUUACUGGUCCAAAAGGAAACUUAGGCCCACGUGGUGAUGCAGGCCCAAGUGGAUUGCCAGGUCCGAAAGGACAACUCGGAAGACCGGGCCCAAGUGGAUCCGCAGCUUUCGGAUUUUACCUCACAAGACACAGUCAGACUACAGAGGUUCCAUCCUGUCCAUUUGGAAUGGAAAAAAUUUGGGACGGAUACAGUUUACUUUAUGUCCAAGGAAACGGACGUGCAGAGGGACAAGAUUUGGGAAAACCAGGCUCUUGCCUAAGGAAGUUCAACACGAUGCCUUUCUUGUACUGCAACAUCAAGAACCAAUGCAAAGUAGCUUCAAGAAAUGACUAUAGUUUCUGGCUUAGUACCAAUGAACCAGUGCCAAUGAUGACAGCAUCCGGACCAGCCGUCGAGAAGUACAUCAGCCGCUGUGCAGUUUGUGAGGCCCCAGCCCAUGUCAUCGCAGUUCACAGUCAAAGCCUACAGCCCCCAGCAUGCCCACGUGGCUGGGUCAGCCUGUGGUAUGGAUACAGUUUCUUAAUGUACAACAGCGCAGGAGCUGAAGGUGACGGCCAACAUCUCGGCUCCGCAGGGUCUUGUCUUGAAGACUUCAGGGCCCACCCUUACGUCGAGUGUCAUGGUGAUGGUAAAUGCUAUUUUUACGGCUCAACUUACAGUUUCUGGCUCGCUACAAUCGAAGAUCAAAAUCAAUUCAGAAGACCCCAGGAAGACACAAUAAAAGCAGACAAUCUUAGACGCAGAGUGAGCCGCUGUCAAGUUUGCAUGAAGCAACCAUCAAACGGUGGACCAUAAGUGACAGCUCAGUCAUGUUGCGUUAUUCGGACACGACAGGUUAGGCACAUCAAAAAUAUGGGCCUUCAAAUUUAAUUCGGAUAAUGACGGUUGUUAGCGAAUUUAAUGAAAAUGAAAACCUAUUUCUAUAUAUUUUCUAAUGUAAACCAGAACUAUGACAUAUUUUUAAAGGUUGUUCGAGCGUAUUGCUGUUCAGUAAAGUUUUGUAUCAAUUUCGACGUCUAUUAAGAUUGGACAAAUUUACUUUCCUAUUCUAUUUCAUUUAUGCAAGACAACGAAAAAGCAGGUUUUUAGGAAGUGAAAGGGUAUUUAUUGUGUAAACAUUGCUGUACUGUUGAUGAAGAAUUGUAACACGCUUUAAGCUUCAGCUUGUUGUCUGCUCCAUCGUGAUUGAGAAUGUCUGUGUUGACACAUGGAGAUAAGAGCUCUGUAUAGAAAGAGCAUUCAAAUACGACAACAUUCCCUUUGGUCCAGAUGCAACGCUUUGAAGAGACACGUUGUACCAUUGACCUGUAAACAGACGGCAGUGUAUUAAUGCCAGGUAAUGGCAUGCAGAGAUUUAAUCGUGCUAGUUGCAGCUCGUUACAGCAACCUUUAUCCGUCGUCCAAAAACGUCGUAGCUAUGACCAGCGAUCACCAAACCUCAGAUUGAUUUUGCUUCCCAUCUCUGGUAUAAUCGCAAUAACCUGUUUCUGGUGACUUGAAUCUGCGAGUAUCAAGGUCACGAGUUCCAGUAACUAUUAUAAAGAAAGCCUUGUCUUGUUAACUGCCAUUCCCGCCCCCUCUCACCCCAUUCUGAUGUGCGCAAAUUAGCGAUUCAACAGCCCGGGUCCAUUUAAAUGUCCGUUGAACAGAUCACGCAAGCUUGCUCCAAUAUCUUAUCAUAAGUUGAUCAUUUUUUGACUUCAUAUAAAUUGUAACUAGGCCUAAGCUUUCGAGAAUUUUUAAUAUAGAUAGUGGAAUGUACGGUUUUGCUGUCUAUUAUAUAAUCACGUUCGUAGACUUCAGUUCGCAUUGUUGUAUCUAAACUAGAAAUGUUGAAUUAUUAUGUUUUCAAUUGA